AUGGGUCCCACAAUUCAUUGGCGACCGGUUGUUAAUUGUCCACCUCCAGCCCUCUCCCAGCCAGCCCACCUUCAUCCCACCCCCAGCCCUGUCCCAGCCAGCCCACCUUCAUACCAACUUCAUCCCACCUCCAGCCCUCUUCCAGCCAGCCCACCUUCAUCCCACCCCCAGCCCUCUCCCAGCCAGCCCACCUUCAUCCCACCCCCAGCCCUGUCCCAGCCAGCCCACCUUCAUACCAACUUCAUCCCACCUCCAGCCCUCUUCCAGCCAGCCCACCUUCAUACCAACUUCAUCCCACCUCCAGCCAGCCUACCUUCAUCCCACCUCCAGCCCUCUUCCAGGCAGCGUACCUUCAUCCCAACUUUAUCCCACCUCCAGCCGUCUCCCAGCCAGCCCACCUUCAUCCCAACUUCAUCCCACCUCCAGCCGUCUCCCAGCCAGCCCACCUUCAUGCCAACUUCAUCCCACCUCCAGCCCUCUCCCAGCCAGCCCACCUUCAUCCCACCUCCAGCCAUCUUCCAGCCAGUCCACCUUCAUCCCAACUCCAGCCAUCUUCCAGCCAGUCCACCUUCAUACCAACUUCAUCCCAAUUCCAGCCCACUUCCAGCCAGCCCACCUUCAUACCAACUUCAUCCCACCUCCAGCCAUCUCCCAGCCAGCCCACCUUCAUCCCACCUUCAUCCCACCUCCAGCCCACUUCCAGCCAGUCCACCUUCAUACCAACUUCAUCCCAACUCCAGCCCACUUCCAGCCAGCCCACCUUCAUCCCACCUCCAGCCAUCUUCCAGCCAGUCCACCUUCAUACCAACUUCAUCCCAACUCCAGCCCACUUCCAGCCAGCCCACCUUCAUCCCACCUCCAGCCCACCUCCAGCCAUCUUCCAGCCAGCCCACCUUCAUCCCACCUUCAUCCCACCUCCAGCCCACUUCCAGCCAGCCCACCUUCAUACCAACUUCAUCCCAACUCCAGCCCACUUCCAGCCAGCCCACCUUCAUCCCACCUCCAGCCAUCUUCCAGCCAGUCCACCUUCAUACCAACUUCAUCCCAACUCCAGCCCACUUCCAGCCAGCCCACCUUCAUCCCACCUCCAGCCCACCUCCAGCCAUCUUCCAGCCAGCCCACCUUCAUCCCACCUCCAGCCCACUUCCAGCCAACCCACCUUCAUCCCAACUUCAUCCCACCUCCAGCCAUCUUCCAGCCAGCCCACCUUCAUCCCACCUCCAGCCAUCUUCCAGCCAGCCCACCUUCAUACCAACUUCAUCCCACUUCCUGCCAGCCCACCUUCAUACCAACUUCAUCCCAACUCCAGCCCACUUCCAGCCAGCCCACCUUCAUCCCAACUUCAUCCCACCUCCAGCCAUCUUCCAGCCAGUCCACCUUCAUACCAACUUCAUCCCACCUCCAGCCAUCUUCCAGCCAGUCCACCUUCAUACCAACUUCAUCCCACCUCCAGCCAUCUUCCAGCCAGCCAACCUUCAUACCAACUUCAUCCCACCUCUAGCCCACCGCCAGUCCACCUUCAUCCAAAAUUCAGAACACCAACAUCCCACCUCCAGCCCUCUUCCAGCCCACAUUAAGACCACCAACAGCCCACCAGCAUCCCACCUCCAUCCAUUUAUUAAAGCAGAUUCAUAA